AUGGCGUCCCUCCCCGAUGGAACCUGUUGCACUGCAGCACUGCAGCCGAGACCACAGGGGACACCUACCUUUCGGGUCGGUCUGUUCGUUGGUGUCCUCAUUGCGACAGCUGGUGUGCUGUCUCAUUCUCCGCUCUUUCCUGAAUUUCUCGCGCUUGCCGCGCAACAAACGAACAAAUGCACUACCAGCGGUGUGAGGACUAAGUGUUCUUGCGAAAUAGAGCAGACAGGUGAUGCGAAUCCUCUAGGCGCCACUCUCUCGGAGGACACCAAUGAAUUCGAGAUUUACUGUAAGCCAAACUUCCAAUAUGCUCCAGCUCAACUGACUGGCUCAAUAGCCUGCCCAGCAGGUACGCAGAAACUAACCGACUGCAAGGGUGACGUGAAACCUCCCCUCUGCCUUGACGUCAAAACGCUUCUGUACGAUGAAACCAAGGCACUGCAGUGGACGGAAGGCAAAGAAGGUGAACCGUCGAAAAAUACAAAAGUCCUGAGCAUCCCGAAAGACAAUUUUCCGUUCGUCGACGGUCAAUUCCUCGUCGGAUGCAGCGACGACAGCAGCACAACGAAAUGCAAAGUAGCUGUGACGGUCGCUGCCAGAGCUACGGAGACGAAGGAUCAGCAGGUGACCUGUUCCUACGGCAAGGACAGUAACAAGAAGCACCAAACCAUCACGCUGAGUCCCUCACAGAACAGCUUCACUCUUGUAUGCGGUGAGAAAGGAGAGAUUGUGCAGACGAACUACAAAAAAACGUACUGCGAUGUGAGUGAGGAGAACGCGGCUGUCAAGGAUUGCCAUGGCAAAUACAGGGACAUUCUCCCGGGUUACGAGGAAGGAUGGUGGACUGAUGGAGAAGAGAAGUCCUUCACUUUCACAAUUCCGGAGGACAAGUUUCCCAAGGUCGGAGCGAAGAUGAUGGUUCAGUGCCAGAAAGUGGUGGAGGAGAAGCCGCAGGAGAAGGAGCUCCAGGUCCCUGCCCCUGCUCCACCCCAAGACAGUGUGUGCAGCGUUGACGUGACAAUUGAAACCGGUGGCUCCCCGAGCUCGGCGUCUGCGUCAUUCGUUUUCAAACUGAUCAACUUUGUAUUGCUGGCGUUUUCUGGGGUGCUGUCUAUGUCGCCUCAUUUCCGCGGACUAUAA